AUGAUAUACUGGUUUUCCAUCGACGUGCCUUCGUAUGUAUCGAUUCAAGCAAGUUUAUAUCUAUCUAUCUAUCUAUCUAUCUAUCUAUCUAUCUAUCUAUCUAUCUCAGUCUGUUCAAUUCUAUCUAUCUACGUCAAUCUGUUCAAUUCCGUCUAUCUAUCUAUCUAUCUACCUAUCUAUCUAUCUCAUCUGUUCAAUUCCAUCUAUCUAUCUAUGUAUCUAUCUAUCUAUCUAUCUCUCUCUAUAUAUAUAUAUAUAUAUGUCAGUCUGUCCAAUUCUAUCUAUCUACUUCUGUUCAAUUCUUUCUAUCUAUCUAUCUAUCUAUCUAUCUAUUUACCUCAGUCUCUUCAAUUCCAUCUCUCUAUCUAUCUAUCUAUCUAUCUAUCUAUCUCAGUCUGUUCAAAUCUCUCUAUCUAUCUAUCUCAUCUAUCUAUCUAUCUAUCUAUCUCAGUCUGUUCAAUUCCAUCUAUCUAUCUAUCUAUCUAUCUAUCUAUCUAUCUAUCUCAGUCUGUUCAAUUCCAUCUAUCUAUCUAUCUAUCUAUCUAUCUCAAAAUUUCAAGUUUAAAUAUAUCUAUCUAUCUAUCUAUCUAUCUAUCUAUCUAUCUAUCUAUCUAUCUAUCUAUCUCAGUCUGUUCAGUUCUUUUUAUCAUCUAUCUGUUCAAUUCUACCUAUCUAUCUAUCUAUUUCAGCCUGUUCAAUUCUAUCAAUGUACCUAUUAAGCAAGUUUAUAUCUAUCUAUCUAUCUAUCUAUCUAUCUAUCAAUCUAUCUAUCUAUCUAUCUCAGUCUGUUCAAUUCUAUCUAUCUAUCUAUCUAUCUAUCUAUCUAUCUGUUCAAUUCUAUCUAUCUAUGUAUCCAUCUAUGUAUCUAUUUCAGCCUGUUCAAUUCUAUCAAUGUACCUUAUUAAGCAAGUUUAUAUCUAUCUAUCUAUCUAUCUAUCUAUCUAUCUAUCUAUCUAUCUCAGUCUGUUCAAUUCUAUCUAUCAUCUAUCUAUCUAUCUAUCUAUCUGUUCAAUUCUAUCUAUCUAUGUAUCCAUCUAUUUUAUAUCUAUCUAUCUAUCUAUCUAUCUAUCUAUCUAUCUAUCUCAGCCUGUUCAAUUUAAUCUGCCUAUCUCAGCCUAUUCAUUUCUAUCUGUCUUCCUUAGUUUAUUCAAUUCCAUCUAUCUAUCUAUUCAUCUAUCUAUCCAUCUAUCUAUCUAUCUAUCGCAGCCUGUUCAUUAUCUAUCUAUCUAUCUAUCUAUCUAUCUAUCUAUCUAUCUAUCGCAGCCUGUUCAUUAUCUAUCAUUAUCUAUCUAUCUAUCUAUCUAUCUAUCUAUCUAUCUAGCCUGUUCAUUAUCUAUCUAUCUAUCUAUCUAUCUAUCUAUCUAUCUAUCUAUCGCAGCCUGUUCAUUAUCUAUCUAUCUAUCUAUCUAUCUAUCUAUCUAUCGCAGUCUGUUCAUUAUCUAUCUAUCUAUCUAUCUAUCUAUCUAUCUAUCUAUCGCAGGCUGA